CAGCUUAAAGGUGUUUGUGUGUUGGUGUGAUCGCAGACUUCUGGAGAGUCUGGCCACAAGCGCCAGUGCCUUGCUUGGAUUCUUGCGGCUAAAGUUUGGAAACAUGUGAUGUCCGCGAGACUCACCACGACAGACAUCAUGCGACCUCUGUGUUGAACUCCCACAAUCCUCCGGGGCUGCACAUCGCGACGGUGCACCAGGUGCCAGGAAGAAAGUAACCAGGUAGACAGCAGGGCUGUGGUCAGUGCCAAGAGAGAGACGAGCACAGGCUGGACUCGAACCUAGAGCCACACGACACCUGUACGGCGGCCAUGUUGGGACUCUACCUGUCCUUGUACAUUUUGGCUGGCGCCAGUUGCCAUGGCGAUGGACAAGUGGCGAGCCAUUUACUUUUGAUUGAAUCGCUCCCAGAGGGAUUCGACCUCGACAAACCGACCUUCCUGAAUGUUCGCACCAAUCUGAGCGGUACAGUGCGCGUAGCUGAAGCCAGUGAAUUCAGGAUAGUCGUUAACAUCUCAGCCCCUAACCUUCACGAAGCCUAUGGAGUGCAAGCUGAACUCACCUCACACAACUCAGGCCUUCUGCUACAAGUGCAGCAAACUCAAGACACCCCUGCUGUGUUUAUCACUCUGACAUGGCUAGGAGUGGGCAUCGGAGGAGCCACUGUCCUGGUCCUCAUAAUCACCUCCAUCUAUGCUUUCUGCUGGUACUCGUCUGAGCGCUCGCUUUAUGACCUGGCGGAGAAGAAGAGUUGUGCCAGCAGCAGUCACAGAAGUGGUGUUUAUCGCUCAAGAAACAGCAUGCAGAUUGGUCACCUGCCACCUAUCGCUGACCUGCCUGUACUGAGGGAUGACCCUGGUGCUCAGCAUGGUGAUGAUUUUCUCAAACAUGUGCCUGAGAGACCUGAAGAAGAAGCUGAGGCCAUUGAAAUGGAAGAGUUAACCCAACAGAAACUCAAAGACUUGGAAGGAUCCAGCCCUGUAGAGAUUGAGAGAGUGUUGCUCACAACACAAGAAAAAAAUUCCAUAAAAAGUCAGUUCCAUGCCCAGAGCAAGAACGUGCAUAAAGACUUGCUUAAAAAAGACAAGACUGCUAACAAACCUCCAGUUCGUCGACGCACUGUGAACGGCACUUACAGCAUUGUAGCAACAAGUCCAGACAAUACUGGAGGUUUGUCCGAAGAGUCCAUGGAGUCAGAGGUGGAUACUGAUCAGGACAUGGCCUCUGAGACUUCAAGAGAAAGAAUCUCUCUAGUGCAGUCCAGUUCUGAGGGAUCUGAAGUUCAAAAACCACUGUCAACAUUCAUGUCUCCUUCAAAAACUAAGCUUGGACUCGGGUUUGCCAAUACCACUGCUAGUGAUUAUACACUGAAUGGUGAAGAUGCUGGGGAUCUGGAACUAACAGUGAUGGCUGAUGUCCACAAGAUUGGCUCAGCAUCUGAGAUCAUAAGGGUCUCAACUCCAGAAAGGCUGGGGUACCCAGGAAUGGGUCCAACUCUUCCUCACGAGCCAGCCCGACCCACUUUGACCACAUUUGCUUCCCCUGCUCAGACAGCAGUGUCCCCUCCUUCUCAUGGCAAAGCUAUUCGCUUCAGAGAACCACUUGACAAUGAUAGCAAAUCUUUACCACAGAAUCCAGUUGUCAUACAGCGAGGUGGAAUGAUGCCAAGGUUUCCAGCAGGUUUUGCUGCCAUGGGUGAUAUCCCAGAGGACCCAAGAGAAGACUAUGACAGUGCACAAAGUGAGAGUGGGCAGUCUCGAUCCAUGUAUGGAAGUAGUGAGAUCUUUGAUGCCACUGCUCUUGAACAAACUUAUUUUAAUCUUGAGGAUUCUGACAUUGAUAUUCCCCCAUUAGACGCUGAAGACAUUCUAUCAGAUGGUGGGCUACCAAGCCCUCUUACACCUCUGAGCAGAAGUCGGACAACACAAGACGACUCCAAUGUACAAGGUCAGCGCACUUUCUUUUACAGCCGAGAGUAUGGCUUCAACAGCUUGAGCAAACCUAGACCCAACAGCAGCAUCAUCCUGCGACCUGAUCAGAAUCAACCAUCCUCAGAUUCUGGUCUUUCUUCAGGAAUUUCGUCUGACCAGACACCAACACCUGUCAACUCUGAACCUGACUCUACUUCUCCCAGACUACCACCUCCACCCAUCUUAGCUGGACAGGCAACUCAGGAUGUCAGUGCAUUUGAGUUCCCUCCCCCUCCAAAGUACUUUGCAUCACCUCAGCAAAUCGGUUGGAGCAGCUCUCAAAACUCACCUUUGACAGCAAGUGCUGGGGAAUAUGUCACCCUUCCAAAUAAUUCUACCAAGGGGACUGGAAAAGGAUCUAGCAGGGGAGGAAGCAGUGGACGUCUUGGAUUCGGAUCGAAUUUUGUAAACCUGACAGUGAUAUGCACUGUCUGCAUCUUGAGUGUAAUAAGUGGUGUUUACAGCAAAAUGCUGUCAGACAAUGAGACAAGAGUGGACAUCACUAUCUUUGCCCCAAAGUCUUUCCUGGCUGCACAGAAAAACACAAUUUUUUUCAACCACCAUAAACACACUGACCUUAAUAUUGAUGAAGGUUUUGAUUUUGAUGCCUUUGUGAUGCAGGACCCAAUCCUGACCCAGAUAACUGACCUGUGUCAGAAGAAGGACUGUGUGGAACAUGGUUGUGAUAUUCAGACAGGAGAAUGUAUCUGUCACAAAGGUUACAGAAUGAGUGAGGACAGCAAGUGUGUAGAUAUAAAUGAAUGUGCUGAGGGCCUCACUGAGUGUCAUUCUUCAGCUGGCUGCCUCAACAGGAAAGGCUCCUAUGACUGCGUUUGUAGCGUGGACUACUAUGGUGAUGGCAAAACCUGUCAUGACUGCAACACCCCAUGCCACAAAGACCAAUAUGAGGUGCAGCCUUGUUCUAAAAGCAGUCAGAAAAUUUGCAAAGACUGUACGAAAGAGUGUCACAAAGGGUUCUAUAAGGCCAGUCAGUGCACAGACUACAACAACGCCAUCUGUAGAGUGUGUCAGCCGCCAUGCCUGGAAGGACAAUACGAGUUCAGAACAUGCUCGAAUUUCCAUGACCGCCAGUGCACCAAUGUGUCUUUGCUGCCUGAUGUGGAGGUGUCUGAUAACAUCAUCAUGGAGGAUGACAGAAAAAUUCAAGAGUCAGAGGUCGUAAUUGAAGAUCAGCCAUCACAGAUUGUCAAUCAUCCUCAAUACUCUUUGAACAGAGGCACAUCACUCUAUGUGGACAUCAGCAUCCACAACCUGGAGGUCGCUCAGCAGUUUAUCCCCCUGGAGGUGCAUGACGUGAAUGUGACAGCCAUGUUACCCAGCAUUCUCAAGUCCAGUUCUGUGCAACAUUUUUGUUCUCAUCCAGUGCCAGACUACUACAUCCUUCGUUACAUAAAACAUGAGGAUGUUACCUACAACAUCAGUGAUGAGAAAGAGGUGGCUCCCUGUCAGACAUUCAAAGACUUUGGCAACUUUCCAUCUGAUGUUCUUCACAAAGAAAACUCCUUCUUGUGCACAGAGCCAGGACCCUUGACAAAGCUGUUUGAAAUUCCUCCAGAAACAUUCCAGACAACAACAUUUUGGGCAGAAAAAUUAAAAAGGUGUGCAGAUCAAAGUCACAAAUGUGAGACGUGCACAAAACAGUGUGCACAGCAGAUGUCCCAGACAAAUGCUGACUGCUCCAUUGUUGGAGACAACAAUGACAAUGGCUGGUCCCCCAGGCUACAGGUCUGCUACAAUUGCUGUGCUCGCAGCAACUGCAGUGAUGCUUGCUACAACAAACUGCAUCGUCGACGCUGUAAUCCUUUGAAGUGUUACCAUGGCAGCCUCAUAGAAUUCUCUAUAUUCCCUUUGUGGAAUGGCAGUCAAAAUGGAAAAUUUUAUUGUCAUAUUCACCCAAUCAGAAGACAGCGCUUAUUGGAAAUGACAUAUAGUGUGCGCAGUGACAGGCGCUCAGCACCUAUUCACACAGCAAAUGUUGUGAUAGAUGGAGGAGAGGAAUGGGAGAAGAGAGGAGAACAUCACUACAAAAAUGAUCUUCUCAACAUUGUCAUUGAGUCAAAUUUGGGCAAACCACCAGAUUUUUUGGAAGGAGCAACAGCCGAGAAUAGUCGAAUGUUCAGCGUUGGUUCCUAUGUACAGGAAGGCUCAAGAGCAGAUGUCACUGCCCUCAGCGGAAAGAGGGAAUUCAUUUUCCUUCAUCCUGUGAAACCUUUCGGAAUACAAAUUAAUAGAGCAGAUAAAAACAAAUGUGAGUCACAAAUCCUGAAGGAAAGUCUGGUUGCUGGAGACUACAAGAAACCAUAUAUUCCAAACAUUGAUCUACAUGCCGUACCCUUCCAGAAUAGUUCACUCCCUUUCAUUGUCUCAGAUCCACAUAAACUGCCUUUCGUCAAAAUCUCUUUGGACCGUGGCUCAUUCCUGAAACAUAUUUUCCCACCAGCGUUUUUAGAAAGAGACUCACUUACAGGAAACAUGAUGCAAAACACUUCACACUGGACUGUGGAAGUCAUGGGAACAGUCAAACAGUGUCCAGGAUAUCUGAAGGUGAUUCUGUCAGACCCUGCUUAUCGCCACACCCCACUGUACUCACUGGAGGUCGCUGUCACCUGUCCUAGAAACUUUCAUCUGAAGUUUUACCUACCCACGGGUGAUGAGCCUGGUGUGGACAGACAGGUAGUAGCUAGUAUUAUGGAUGCCCAGCAGGUUCAUAAUUUGCAUCUACACAAACCUGCUGCUCAGCAAGAGGAGAGAGAGCUGACAAUCUCAAAAACUGAUGAGUCCCAAGAAGGUGAUGGUGAACAAGAUGGCAAAGUAAUGCUACCUGAAGGGUUUAUAUUCUCCAUAUCCUACAUGGUGUCAGUUGGUGGAGCCAUUGUCCUUCUCCUGUGCCUUCUCUUCAUCGGUCUAAUAGUGCAGCCAGGUGUGCCAGCUCCGGAACCUCCUAUUCUGAAGUGCCAUCAUGCCAUGUUCACCGUCAUAUAUAUCGUCUUUCAUUUCUUCUACAGUCUUGUGGCAACAUCAUCCGUCUUCUUCAUAAUUAUCAUUGCUGUUAAUAGUCCGCGGGUGUCCUUCAUCCUUCAACACCGCCAGCAGGCAGCAGCCACCACAGCGUCUCACCAGCUAGAGCUGACAGCAAUGCAGACUUUCCUGCGACAGGAAAUCCACAGACAGAAUGCACAUAUGGAUGACAUGCGUUCACUGUGUCGUCUGGACAUGCAAGUCUUGUUGAUGACAUGAAAAAGAUGCAUGAUAAACUUUUGCUGAAGACCGAGGAUGUGUUUAAGAAACACCAUUUACACAGUCUUCUGGAACAACACAAACACCGGUCUCUCCAGCAGCUGUCACAGGACCUCACAUCUUACAG